AUGCUCCGAAUAUUAAACAAAAAAGCGAGCUCCAAGCAUGUUCGAGAACUGGUGUCUUCAGAAACGAGUUAUGUCGUUCUUUACACUCCAUCGGUCAAAACGAAGCUGCAAGAGUCAAGAAUCCACAAACCGCUUCUGAAGACAGUCAUAUUUUAUCUGCCCAGUCGGAGGCGGGCGAUUUAUGCCGACAAAAAUGGGAGUAUUCGUCUCGGCAACGUCUCACAUCUCGGUUCGGAGAGACCCAGCAGCACCACGUACGCACUUCAUCAGCAACGAUGA